CCACAGCACAAGUCCGCCUGCCGCAGACCGACACAGCCGCAGCACGCAGCCGCGACAGUCCGUGAAGAAAUGAGAGCAGCCAUGAGCACGGCGCUGCUGUACCUGGUGCCCCUGUGGAUGGCGAUGGCCCAACCAGCUCAUGUACAGAAUCAGGCGACACAGCCUCUGGUGGGCGAUUUUCUGAGGUCGCACUGGUCGCCAGUUCAGCUUCAGAACCUCACGGCACAGCCUGUAGUCAGCACGAUCGUGAGGGCUCGCUGGCCACCAUCUCAAAUACAGCACCAGAUGGCGCAGCCUCUGGUCAGCGCGACCUCGAGGCCUCAAUGGCCACUUGCUCAAGGUCCUCAAGGUCAGAACCAGACGGUGCAGACUCUGAUCAGCGCAACUUCGAGGAGUCGCUGGUUGGACGUUCAAGUACACAACCAGACCGCGCAUCCUCCGAUCAAUGCGACCUCUAAGUCUCACUGGUCGUCAGCUCAAGCACAGAACCCGAUGGUGCAGCCUCCAAAUAGCGCGAUCUCGAGUCCUCAGUUGUCGCUGGCGACGUCUGGUCGGAGCUAUCACACUCUACCAUCCAACAACGAGUUGGGCAAUGACGUGGAUAGCCAGAAGCCUUCAGUGGCGGUGGGGACUGCAGAGUACGCUCCGCUGACCUACAACCACGACUACUACAGGAACCGCUACUCUGGGAAGUACCAACCACAAGAGGGUGACUACAAGAAGACGACAGUGUCGAGCAAGCAGGUAGAGGAAGGCUACAAAUACGGCGCUAAGAAGCGGAAGGAGGAUGCUGUCGACGACUACCCAACAGGGCCGUCGCCACGAGACCGCCUCGGCUUCGAAGAUGACGAUGACUAUGAGGACCACGAGGGAGGCUACGGCUAUGGAUAUGUAGAGGAAGACGGCUACUAUGAACACGGUGACGACUACCACCACCACCACGCUCGCCCCGUGCACCAUGGCUACCAUGGACCACCCGUGUACGUGCCACACCGGCAUCAUCACCAUGGUGACAAGUACCUCAAGUUCGGCAUCCUGGCGCUGCUCAAGCUCAUCCUGGCCAAGCUCAAGGCAUUUGGUCUGUUUAAGCUCCUGCUGCUCUUCAUCAUCAAGCCCAUUCUACUCUUCAAGCUCGCUCUCAAGUUCCUCUUCGUUACAAAGGCGUUCAACGCGCUGACGCUGCCGCUGCUGCUGCUGCCGCUGCUGCUGUUGCUGCUGCCGCUGCUGUUGCUGCUGCCGCUGGCGCCGCUGCUGCUGCUGCCGCUGCUGCUGCCGUUGCUGCUGCUGUUCCUGCCCGUGCCCGUGCUGACACCCGGCGCUGGCGCUGGCGGCACUGGCCGUCGCCGCCGUCGCAGGAGUGCGCCUGCCCUUGCCGCAGGCUCCGCCAGCCCAAACCUGCUGACGCUGACGCGCCAGGUGCUGGAGGCCGACCAGUGCCUCGAGAGGAUCGCCUGCCAGCUCGCAGCGCGCCGCUCCAGUCUCUACAACAGAUUCAUCAUAUGGAUAUUGGAGAGGUUCCAGCGGUGGGUAGCUCCAGAAAGCGCGAAGCCGCGGCUGACGUCCUACCUGGGAGCGUACCGACAGGGAGCUGAGGUGCCCAGCCAGUGCAGACCACGCUACGAGUGCGACAGCGAAGUGCUGGGUCUGCCCAGGGGCAGCCUCCUGCAGCAACUUCUGUAGCUGCCAGCUGCUCUACGCUGACGCCCAAGCCUGCGGCCUACCACCAGCGCCUCCAGAUGUCCAGUCCACGCUGGUCUUCCAACGAGCGCUGAUAAACGUAACCUCUGAAGGCCAGCUUCUGUAGCCCCUAACAUCGACUCCUCCAGGGACUUAUCUGCAGGAGUUUCUCGCCUCACUACAUCUGAUACUGGACCUCCAUAACAUACUCUCCAGCAACAGAUAUCAGUGACUUCCAAUGCUGCCGCGCCAGUGGUGUGCAAAUACAAUUGUUUGGAAUGGUGACAUCAUGGCUGGGAUGUAGUGACUGCAGCACUGUUAGUAGUAUAAAAAUACUCUGCCUCGAUUGCACAGUAUUUUUAUCAACGAACGCCCGGUUUGAAUGUACGUGGAAUAUUCAAUAAGUAAUGCAACACUUUUUUCUGAAAGGUUGGUUUUAUUCAGGUUUCUAAUACACCGUAUUAUUCCCCUCUCUUGUAGCUAGCUUUCAACAUUAUCUACGUUCAAUGCAAUGUCCUAACGCCACCUUACUGUGUGUCCGCCUGGGACCAAACUAUUGGUUGACAUCGGACCCAAGGUCAUGCUGCAUCAAUAAACUCCCCGUUAUCCACGUACUGCUUCCUCCGGAGUACAUUAUGGGCCAAGCAAAUGCAAGGCCUUUCUGGUCUUCUGUUGGGAGGCCAGGAAUCCAGCGGGCACACACUUUUGGUUAUCCCUAUUGGUGGACGGGUAUGUCGGCGCUACCAACAGAGACGUCCAGUUGCGCAGCGAGGUGUUUGUGAUACCUCGAUCACCUCGUUCCAAAAUACCAGGAGUCACAGUUGUGUGCGUCUUGCGGCACGCGGGAGAUAGGGCGGGUUUGUGCAACCUUGUUGUGAUGAUGACAGACGCUCCGCCCAACGACUCACCGUGCUUUUGUUCACUCCAGGUCUCCAUAGACAUUCUGAAAGCGCAUAUGAAAAUCUGCGAUGCUCUUGUUUUCCGUCAGAAGAAACUCACUAACAGCUACGUGGAACUCAUCUCCAUUACAGACGCUAUUGUGGAUAGCGCCACCAUCUAUCGAAACUUCGUGACACUAUUGGGACUGAAGCGGGAAUAUUCCACAAUGUCCCACAAAAAAUUUCGCACUUUUUCAACCGAAAUUGGCCGAGAAAAAAGUGUUGCAUUAGUUACUGAACACCCCCUACAUUGAAACUUCCUGGCAGAUUAAAACUGUGUGCCCGACCGAGACUCGA